AUGGCACUAUUGCCCUGUGACUGAGAAUGGAAAAAAAAGAAAGAAAGAAAAAGUUUGAAUAAAAAUAUUAUAGAAAAAUUAAAAACGCGUUUAAUGCUGAGCAUUCAUAUUCCAAACAGAACUCAACGACCAACUUUGAAGCUUUGAACACAAAAUCAACACCAAUCGUUCUUUGACAGAAGGAACAUGGUGGAGGGAGAGAGAGUCACACUAUAUGGAAUCAUGCACUAGAGAAAGAGAGAGAGAUAGAUAGAGCGAAAGUGUAUGUGUGUGUGAGAGAGAAAGUGGAGUCUUUUGACUGAGCCUAGCCGGCAAAAGCCGUCUAAGUUAACGAUUGUUGGUAUAGUGGUGCUGUUGGUGGAUUGUGAAUUGCGUGUUUGGUUCAAGUUUACUGCUUUAGAUUUGGGUCAGUUUGGAAUCUUCCAUUUUGAGAGUAUGUUAUGAGAUGGAAUUGGGUAUAGUUUUAUGAAGAAAAGUUCCCAUCUUUGCUUUUUUUGAUUGUUUAUGAGUUUUGGUGGAGUUGUUAGAAGAAGAUGUGUUGGUGGUGAAUGGUGAAUUGGUGAUCCUAGUUCUAGAAGGACAAUAUUAUCACAGAGUUGAAGUAAUAUCUUUAAUCUUUCUGCUCCAACAUGGGUUGCAUAUGUUCCAAGAGUUCAGCUGUAGAAGACAGCAAAGAAGGUGUGACAAACAAAUUGCAAGCAUAUAGCACAAGGCCUUCAGAGUUGAAUGUUUUGAGGUUGAGUUCAACCAAGAGGGUUGAAGGGGGUGGGGUUAAAGAUUUGUUAUUAGACGGUGGUGAUGUGAAGGCUUCAUUAGUUGACAAGAAGGUCAAUGGAUCAGUGCUGUUGUAUGAUGAUCAAAAUGGGAAGAAGAAAAUAGAGAAGCCUGAAUUGACUGUUGUUGAUCAUAUGGGCCUUGCAAGGGUUCCAAAGGCUACAGAAGGAGAACAAGUUGCGGCAGGAUGGCCUGCGUGGCUUUCUUCUGUUGCUGGUGAAGCUAUUAAGGGAUGGAUACCGCGGAGUGCAAAUACUUUUGAGAGGUUACAUAAAAUUGGGCAAGGAACUUACAGUACUGUUUAUAAGGCACGCGAUGUGACUCACCAAAAGUUUGUUGCAUUGAAGAGGGUGCGUUUUGAUAAUCUUGAUCCUGAGAGUGUCAAGUUUAUGGCAAGGGAAAUCCAUGUUCUGCGUAGGCUUGACCAUCCAAAUAUUAUAAAGUUGGAGGGGUUGAUAACGUCUGAGACAUCUCGCAGCUUAUAUCUUGUCUUUGAGUAUAUGGAACAUGAUCUUACAGGACUUGCGUCAAAUCCUGACAUCAAGUUCUCUGAACCACAGCUGAAAUGCUACAUGCAGCAACUUCUUAGUGGAUUGGAUCAUUGUCAUAGUUAUGGUGUCCUCCACCGUGACAUAAAGGGCUCAAAUCUUCUCAUUGACAAUAAUGGUAUCUUAAAGAUUGCCGAUUUUGGUUUGGCAAGUUUUUUUGACCCCCACCACAGUGUUCCAUUGACGAGCCGUGUUGUAACUCUGUGGUAUAGACCACCAGAGCUUUUACUUGGAGCAAAUCAUUAUGGGGUUGCAGUGGAUUUGUGGAGCACUGGUUGCAUACUUGGGGAGCUAUAUACUGGCAGGCCAAUUUUGCCAGGAAAAACAGAGGUUGAGCAGUUGCAUCGGAUUUUUAAACUUUGUGGCUCACCAUCUGAAGACUAUUGGCUAAAAUUGCGGUUGUCACAUUCAACCGUAUUCAGGCCUCCACACCAUUAUAGGCGAUGUGUUGCGGAGACAUUUAAGGAAUACUCAUCUACUGCAGUAAAGCUUAUAGAGACCCUACUUUCUGUGGAGCCUGCACAUCGAGGGACUGCAGCAGCUGCUCUGAAAAGUGAGUUCUUUACAUCAGAGCCUCUGCCUUGUGAUCCAUCAAGUUUACCUAACUAUCCUCCCAGCAAGGAGAUUGAUGCUAAAUUACGGGAUGAAGCAACUAGAAGGCAAGGAGCUGUUGGAAGUAGGGAGCAAAAAAUUGUGUCAGGAGUUAGACAAGAAAAGGGACCUAGGGCCAAUGUCACAGCAAGAGACAAUUCUGACUCAGGCUUAUCAAUACAGCAUGGACAACGUUAUUCCAUCUCAAGGAACCGAAGUGAUUUGUACAAUCCUCAUAGGGGACCUGUAUCUGGGGUUCUGGUUUUCCCACCCAAGCACUCACAAGAUGUUAAAGAAAUGGAAACUAAUUACUCUGGGCAUCUCUAUAAGAGGCCUUCACAUUCAGGCCCAUUGGUUCCUGGUUCUGGCUGGGCAAAGAGUGGGAAGGACGUUGAUGAUGGGCCUCCUGUUCCAAACAGAGGGAACCUAUCAAAACUUUCUGGACUAGUGGCAUCUAGGACUUUGUUAUCUGAAGAUCAAGACGAUAACAAACUUGUUCACUUACACCACAGAAAACCAAUUGAAGUACGAAAAUCAGGGGAAUCAGCUUAUGGAUCAGAGUCAAGACGAAGACUGGAUCAAAAACGGAUUGUUGACCUGAAUCAAAUUGAAAAUAGAAGGGUCCCAGCUGAAAAAUCAACCCCGGACGGGCGAGGAUCCAUGGGAAACAAGAUAUACCUCUCUGGUCCGUUAAUGGUUUCUUCAAGCAACAUGGAUCAGAUGCUCAGAGAGCACGAUCGAAAGAUUCAAGAGUUUUCAAGAAGAGCAAGAAUUGACAAAUCAAGAGGAAGAGGGGAGAAAGUUCGUGCACGGAGAAAGUAGUCGAAUUACAUAACUAUUUCUUAUUGUUCUUCUACUUACAUAUUUUUAUGGCAACAUUUAUUUAUCUCAACACUAAGGAGGGAAAAAAGUGGGGAGAGAAAGAGAGUGCAUUCACUCUUAGUGUAGCAUAUAUAUAAUGUAAAUUUCAGGUUCUCAGAAGAAAUUCAUGUUUCUUCAACUUUUCAUGUUUCAGCCUUAUAUAUAUAAGCAAUUUAAUUUGUUAUGUUCUUUC